AUGGCGCUCAGGUGCGCCAUCCAGCUCGGCAUCCCUACCGCGAUCCACCGCCACGGUGGUGCCGCGUCGUUGAUUGACCUGGUUACCACGCUAUCCCUCCCGCCAUCAAAGGCGCCGUUCCUCAGCCGCCUCUUGCGGCUGCUGUCCACGACGGGGGUACUGGCGUCAAACGAGGUUGGGAUCUACAGCCUCGUCCCGCUGUCCUACCUUCUCGUGGAUGGUGUACUCGUUGAUGGAGAUGCUAGCCAGGCAGCUCUUGUCCUCUGCUUGACCUCGCGGUAUCACAUGGAGGCGGCUAUGGGUUUGGCCGACUGGUUCAAAAACGAUAUCGCUCAACCCUUGCCAUCACCAUUCGAGGACGUGCAUGGCGCGACACUCUUCGAGGAGAGUAUGGCCGUCCUCGACCCUGAGAGUGACAAGUUAUUCAAUGAAGCUUUAGCUGCCCACGACCAUAUGGGAAUCGGUACAAUAUUGCGGGAGUGUCAUGGCCUAUUCAAUGGCUUGCAGUCGCUCACCGAUUGUUGCGGUGGCGAUGGAACGACGGCUAAGGCCAUUGUCAAGGCCUUCCCUCACAUAAAGUGCAAUGUGUUGGACCUUCCCAAAGUGGUCGAUAAAGCUCCGAGCGAUGGUCUCGUUAACUAUGUCGCUGGUGACAUGUUCCACUCCAUCCCACCAGCUCAAGCUAUAAUGGUCAAGCUUGUUCUACACUUCUGGAGCGACGACGACUGCAUCAAUAUCCUAGCUCAAUGCAAGAAGGCCAUUCCUUCCCGAGAAGCAGGAGGAAAAGUUAUUGUCAUAGACAUGGUGGUUGAUUCUUCUUCACCGAUGUUUGAAACUCAACUGUUGAUGGAUGUGGCAAUGAUGGUAUGUACGAGAGGACGACAACGGGAUGAAAAUGAUUGGAAUGCCAUCUUUAUGAAAGCAGGGUUUAGCGACUACAAAAUUGUCAAGAAGCUUGGAGCUCGUGGUGUCAUGGAAGUCUAUCCAUAA